CUCGCCGCCGCCCCGCCGUGUUGCUCGCCGACACCGCCCCGCCGGCAGCCAAAAUGCCGUUCAAGAGGUUCGUGGAGAUCGGGCGAGUGGCCCUUGUAAACUACGGCAAGGAGUAUGGCCGCCUCGUCGUCAUCGUCGACGUCGUCGACCAGAACAGGGCUCUUGUUGAUGCCCCCGACAUGGUUCGUUGCCAAAUGAACUUCAAGCGGCUUUCCCUGACUGACAUCAAGAUUGACAUUAAACGUGUCCCAAAGAAGACUACACUGAUCAAGGCAAUGGAGGAAGCUGAUGUGAAAAGCAAGUGGGAGAAUAGCUCAUGGGGCAAGAAGCUGAUUGUUCAGAAGAGGAGAGCAUCACUCAAUGACUUUGACAGGUUCAAGGUCAUGUUGGCGAAGAUCAAGAGGGGCGGUGCCAUUAGGCAAGAGCUUGCUAAGCUUAAAAAGGUGGCUGCUGCUGCUUAGAUUGCUUUGGUGGUUCCUCUAUUCGAUCUCUUGAAAUGUAAUGCACGAAUUACUUUGACAGUUAGCUUGUCAAGAUGUCAAUUUUAAACUGGCUUAUUUAGAUAUUUUGUCCAAAAUGCUAUUCUGAAUCUGAGAUAGUGUUGUAUUCUGAUAUCUAUCAAGUGUUGCAUUGUUGUUAC